AUGACAGAUCGAGAGGAUUCUGACACGUCGCAACCGCGUAAGCGGAUUGCGGUUGCGUGCGGACGCUGCCGCAAGCGCAAGAUCCGAUGUAGCGGCGACCCGGGAAAUGGGGGCCCGUGUUCCAACUGCAAGAGCGCGGGCUACGAGCCUUGCCUCUUCUUACGGGUUUCCUCGACCGAGACCCAUCUGAGAAACGAGGGAAGCGACUACGGGUAUAACCUGGAUGCGGCGCGAACAUACGCCAACCAGACGCGUGGCGCCGUGUCGCCUCUAAACCCACUGUCGCACUAUGCUGCCGAUUUACCGCCAGGCGAUGUUCUGUCCUCGUACCGCCAAAGCCCGUACCCGUACAGCAGCAAGAACUACUAUUCUACCAUGGCUGGUUGGCAAGGCGCCUAUCCUGACGAUGGCGUCGACUACGGCUUGAACUACCCCUCAUAUCAGAUGCUGAACCAAGACAGUGCCCCCCUGGUGCAAGGCUACGGACGGUACGGCUCGAGCAAGCCGGUCUAUGUUGAUUCGGAGUCGCCCUCGUACUCGUACGGUAGCCUGGUCCACCGCCCAGCAGUGAAUAGCGACUCUCAAGGCUUCUCUCUGUCGAGCAUGGCAGCAUCCUUACCCUCUGCAUCAGAUCGGGUGAUUUCGUCCGACCGCCUACACUCGGAGGUCAACCGGACCUUGACAGGCUCCUCCAUGUACCGCGCGGACGGCCUCCUAACUCAUUACGGGGGCACGAAGCCUUCGCCAACCAGCACGAUACCAGAAGUCGGCUACAACAAUCCGGGCACCACUUUCGAGUCACCCUACUCGGCAAGCAGCACACUCCCCUCAGGCAUUACGCAGCGGACUGCCAGCCAGGCCGACACUGCUGCCUACCAGGCCAGCGCGGGGGCCGCGGCGGACACCGUAUACCCCUCGGGGGACCAGACGCUCCGGCCAGCGGAAGAUGCGAAUGCCGGCCUCAGCUAUGUCUACAGCGACAGCAAGCUUGACAAUACCAGACGCGGUUCCCGUUCCAGAAGCGGAGCUGGUGCCGGGUCCGUGCUCUCCAACGGCCACGUUUAUGUCCCUGAGUCUCAUCAUACCCACGCCCCUCCCCAGAGCUACGUCGUCCCCAGUAGUUCGGCCUCGCAAGCCAGCGGACGUGGUGGCCCUCCGACGCCGGCAGCUGCAGGCAGCCGCGUUCGCGGAACCUCGCAUACUACGCCGUCGGACGUCCACCGCCGAUCUGCGGGGAGCCUCCGUGGGGGUUAA